UCGUCUUUUCAAAAAUGCCCCGACUGAUGUGAUUGAGUAUCUGACGACGGAACCUGUCACCCAGAACCAGCACAGCUACAGUAUUCUGACCAAGGUAUUUGAGUCAAGCAAGCUAUCAAGUUUCUUCACCAAAUUGUCAACAAACAAGGACAGGAAAGGCACUGAGUUUAUUUCAACCGUGGAAGCCAAGAAGUAUCCAUUCUAUGGAGUGCAGUGGCACCCCGAGAAGAGCAGUUUCAACUGGAAUCCGAACUACGUCAUAAACCACGAUGCUCACGCGGUGGCUGUAGGCCAGUACAUGGCCAACUUCUUUGUCAGCGAAGCGAGAAAGAGUGCUCACCACUUUCCAAGCGUCAAAAUGGAGGCAACGAAUCUGAUACAAAACUAUAAAAAGGUCUACUUCAGUGAUGGGACCUUUUUUGAGAACUAUUAUUUCGAUUAGAAUGCCAUUACAUAUAAUCUUCAAACCUCAUCACGCUGUUCCUUACUUAUUGAUUUGCCAAUUGACUUGUCUCUGUGAAGUAUUAAUGAAAUAAAAAUAAAAUGUGUACAAAUCUCCACA